AUGGAGCGAUGGUCAUUCCAUCCAACAACCAAAACUAGAUAUGGGAAGCGCAAAGCUGUCAAGAUGCUGAAUGUGGACAGAAAGAGGCCAAAAUCUGACCCGUUCUCUGCCCCCUCUUCCAAUAUUGACGCCAUCACCAGGAUCUCAACCACAGCAGUCUCGGAAGUUAAGAUUGCCAGGCCUGCCCGAGAUGAGAGGAGAAACACGGCGUUACAGGAUUCGUAUGGUAAUCGAAGCGGAUCUCUGACUCGCACCCCGCAGCCAAACCAGCAAUCCAAUGAUAAUAUCAGCCGCUUAGAAAUGAUAGUCAGGCAGUGCAAUGCGCUUCAGAAAGCACAGGCCGAGGCGCUCAACCUACUUUGCUCUCAGAUACAACUUCUGAAAGAAGAGCAUAGAGCGAACGAGAAGUGA